AUGCCCCCACCCCCGCUCACCGUGCAAUACAAAGAAGCCAACGGCAGUAGAAUCACCACCGACAUCUACCUCCCGCCGGCACCCACCACAACUACUACUGAAAAUGACACGCCGAAGAAAUAUCCCGUUUUAAUCAACAUCCACGGCGGCGUCUUCAUGCUCGGCCACUCGCGCAUGGUCUCCAUGCCCCAAGUCGACGACUGCCUCGCCCGGAACUGGAUCGUCGUGGUACCCAACCACCGUCUCUGUCCACAGGUGAAUAUGCUCGAGGGGCCCAUCACUGAUAUCCGGGACCUGUUGGCGUGGAUCUACGACGGGCAGUUAGAUGCGUUCCUUGCCGGCGCAGGUGCAGAUGCAGCGGGCUAUCGGGUCGAUAUGGAUCGGGUUAUGGCGUUUGGGACGUCGUCGGGAGGUACAUUAGCACUGUCAUUGGGCUACUCCGUCCCCCGCCCCGUCGCCGCAAUCCUCGACUUCUACGGCGCCGUGCACUUUACCCACCCUUUCUGGACCCAACCUCUCCCAGACGUCCAACGCACCCUGCCCCCACUCGACCCUGCCUUCUUGCAGAAGAUCUAUGAUGAAUAUCCCGUCCCUACGGAUAGUUCUAUCUCGCUGGAGGGCCAGACGGAGCUUGCUGGCGGUAGCAAGGCUAAGGGCCCGGAUUUCUCCCGCCCCCGGGAUGCCUUCGCUCUGACGCAGGUAGCUAAUGGGACGGUCUUGCAGGCUUGUUAUCCUGAUGGGGAUGUGAGGGAGAUCGAUCCGGUAGUGCAUGUGGGCAAGGGGUUUCCGCCGACGUUUAUUGUGCAUGGGGAUUGUGAUACGAAGGUUAGUAUUGAGGUUAGUCGGGAGCUGUGGAGGGUGUUGAGGGAGAAUGGGGUCGAGUGUGGGAUGGUGGAGGUGCCCGGGGAGGAUCACACGUUUGCGAUGGGAAUGCAGGUUGGGGGGAGGACGUGGGAGUUGCAGAGGGAGGGGUUUGAGUUUUUGGAGAGGGUUAUUUCACGAUAG